GGGGCCAAUAGAUCUGGGUCUUGUCCAGGGGGCUCUGGGUUUAAAGCUCUCUAAAACCACUUGUAGCUCAUUUUCCCUGUGACUUGCCUGGGUACAACUUCUUUCUCUGUCCAAGCUGUUAAAAAUCUAAAAUUUUACUCAUCAGAUUCUUUUAGUUGCGUGAUAGAUCCAGCCUGUCCUUAAGCAAAAAUGGAAGCUAUCAAGAAAAAGAUGCAGAUGUUGAAGUUAGACAAGGAGAAUGCCAUUGACAGAGCAGAGCAGGCUGAGACAGAUAAGAAGGCAGCUGAGGACAAAUGCAAGCAGGUAGAGGAUGAGCUGGUAGCUCUGCAGAAGAAGUUGAAAGGAACUGAAGAUGAGCUGGAUAAGUACUCAGAGGCUCUCAAAGAUGCCCAGGAAAAGCUGGAGCAGGCUGAGAAGAAGGCCACUGAUGCUGAAGGUGAGGUGGCAGCUCUGAACAGACGCAUCCAGCUCGUGGAAGAGGAGUUGGAUCGUGCCCAGGAGCGACUGGCUACAGCCCUGCAGAAACUGGAGGAGGCUGAGAAAGCAGCAGAUGAGAGCGAGAGAGGAAUGAAGGUCAUUGAGAACAGAGCAAUGAAAGAUGAAGAGAAAAUGGAAAUUCAGGAAAUGCAGUUGAAGGAGGCCAAGCACAUUGCCGAAGAAGCCGACCGCAAGUAUGAGGAGGUUGCCCGUAAACUGGUUAUUUUGGAGGGUGAACUGGAAAGAGCUGAGGAGCGUGCAGAGGUGUCUGAAGUGAAAUGUAGUGACCUCGAAGAGGAGUUAAAGAACGUCACAAACAACCUGAAAUCUUUGGAAGCUCAGUCUGAAAAGUACUCGGAAAAAGAAGAUAAAUAUGAAGAAGAAAUCAAGAUUCUCUCUGACAAGCUGAAAGAAGCUGAAACUCGUGCGGAAUUUGCAGAGAGAACUGUUGCCAAACUGGAAAAGUCUAUUGAUGACCUGGAAGAAAAACUUGCUCAAGCCAAAGAGGAGAACUUGGGCUUGCACCAGACACUGGACCAGACGCUAAAUGAACUGAACUGUAUAUGAGAGGCGCAGAGCUGACAGCACCCAACGGGAACCAGCCCUGUCCCUGCAUCGCUCCUCUCUCCUUUCUCUCUCUCUAUCUUGGAAAAGCCAAUUAAAUUAUGACCAGCACAGCCACACGAGAGGCUCUGGGCAUCCCUCGGGGCCACCUCAACCCGAGAGCCCCCGGGGAACCCCCGCUGCCCCGGGGCCGCUGCGUGUCCCGUGCCUGGCUGCUCCUGACGGUUCGUUAGUCCUUUCAUAUAAACCCCGGUAGAAGCUGCACAGGGGCCUCCGCGGGCCGCCGUUCCUGCCGUUUCAUAUUAAACAAUGUCUCACAGUA